AUGCCUGAUACAACAGCUGACGCAGAAGGCAUGGCCUGCUGCUCCUCAUUACCACCAAAAGAUGCGCCUCCUAGCUCCGCCUCGUAUGCCCAAACACCCGAGGAUUGCAACUGCAUACCAUCGUUCGACGUUCCUCCCGGUUGGACAAAGGAUCCCCCGGGGACCACAUACGCUGAAGAAUGGGAGGGUCCUGACUCCCACGGCCAGACUAUCGCGCGAUGCUAUGGAUGGAGCCAGGACGGCCCGUGA